GGCAUGAGUCAUAAGGAAAAUAAGCAGGGGUUGAACCAGCAGUUUGCUGGUCUAGACCUCAAUUCCUCUGAUAAUCAAAGUGGAGGAGGAAGUACAGCAAGUAAAGGGCGCUAUAUUCCACCUCACAUAAGGAACAGGGAAGCAUCUAAAGGAUUGUAUGAAAAGGAUAGGCCAGGAUGGAGUUCUAGUAGAGAUGAGGAUGCAUACAGCAGUUUUGGAUCUCGUGGUUCAAGAGGAAAGUCCAGUUACUUUAAUGAUUGUGGAAGUGGAUCAAGGGGAAGGUUUGGUGACCAUGGACAUAGUGACUGUGAUGGUAUGGAUAGUCGUGGUGACAGAACUGGUUUCAGGAAAUUUGAAUGCAGUGGACAUAGACGUUGGAGUGAAAGAUCAGAGGAUGAUGAUUGGUCAAAACCACUUCCACCAAGUGAACGUCUAGAACAGGAGCUCUUUUUUGGAGGAAACACUGGAAUUAAUUUUGAAAAGUAUGAUGACAUACCAGUAGAGGCAACUGGCAAUAAUUGUCCUCCACAUAUUGAAAAUUUCAGUGAUGUUGAGAUGGGAGAAAUUAUAAUGGGAAACAUUGAACUCACCCGUUAUACCCGUCCGACUCCAGUGCAGAAGUAUGCCAUUCCUAUUAUCAAAGAGAAAAGAGACGUGAUGGCUUGCGCCCAAACAGGGUCUGGAAAAACAGCAGCAUUUCUUUUGCCCAUCUUGAGUCAGAUUUAUUCAGAUGGCCCUGGCGAGGCUUUGAAGGCUGUGAAGGGCAAUGGAAGAUAUGGACACCGAAAGCAAUUCCCAAUAUCUUUGGUGUUAGCCCCAACUAGAGAACUGGCUAUACAAAUUUAUGAGGAAGCUAGAAAAUUUUCUUACCGAUCUAGAGUUCGUCCGUGUGUUGUGUAUGGUGGUGCUGAUAUUGUUCAACAAAUGAGAGAUUUAGAAUGUGGAUGUCAUUUAUUAGUUGCCACUCCAGGACGUCUAGUAGAUAUGACAGAAAGAGGAAAAAUUGGAUUAGACUUUUGCAAAUACUUAGUAUUGGAUGAAGCUGAUAGAAUGCUAGAUAUGGGAUUUGAGCCUCAGAUUCGUCGUAUUGUUGAAAAAGAAACUAUGCCACCAAAGGGUGUUCGCCAAACUAUGAUGUUUAGUGCUACUUUCCCUAAGGAAAUACAGAUGCUGGCUCGUGAUUUUUUGGAUGAAUAUAUCUUUUUGGCUGUAGGUAGAGUUGGCUCUACCUCUGAAAAUAUAACACAGAAAGUAGUUUGGGUAGAGAAUGAAGAAAAGCGUUCAUUCCUGCUGGAUAUCUUAAGUGCAACAGGAAAAAAUUCACUGACUUUAGUGUUUGUGGAGACUAAAAAGGGUGCUGACUCGCUGGAGGAUUUCUUAUACCAUGAGGGAUAUGCGUGUACUAGUAUCCAUGGAGAUCGAUCACAAAGAGAUAGAGAGGAGGCUCUUUACCACUUCCGCUCAGGAAAAAGCCCAAUUUUAGUGGCCACAGCUGUGGCAGCAAGAGGACUUGAUAUUUCAAAUGUGAAACAUGUUAUAAACUUUGAUUUGCCAAGUGACAUUGAAGAAUAUGUGCAUCGCAUUGGCCGUACAGGGCGUGUUGGAAACCUUGGUCUUGCCACCUCAUUCUUUAAUGAAAGAAAUGCAAAUAUUACAAAAGACUUAUUGGCUCUUCUUGUUGAAGCUAAACAAGAAGUGCCAUCUUGGUUAGAAAAUCUGGCUUAUGAACAUCAGUAUCGGGGUAGCAGUCAUGGACGUUCUAAAAGGUACAAAUUUUUUGGAGGAUUUGGUGCCACAGACUAUCGGCAAAGCAGCAAUUCUAGCAGUUCUAGCUAUAGUAGUAGCCAUGCAAGCAGCAGCCUCAGUGGAGAAAGUCACAGCAGCAACAGAGGAUUUGGUGGAGGUGCCUACGGAGGCUUCUACAACAGAGAUGAUGGAUAUGGAGGAAAUUAUAACUCUCAGGGGAUUGACUGGUGGGGGAACUAA